AUGCGCUUCCUUUCAAAGGGUUGGACCUUUAAAUUGCCUCAAAAGGUGCUGAUAGUCUGCAGCACAGGUUUGGCUGGGAUUAUGCUGCUCAACUACCAGCAAGAUUACACAGUAUGGGUGCUGCCUCUGAUCAUUGUCUGCCUCUUUGCUUUCCUGGUUGCUCAUUGCUUCCUGUCCAUUUACGAAAUGGUUGUGGAUGUAUUAUUCUUGUGUUUUGCCAUUGAUACAAAAUACAAUGAUGGGAGCCCUGGCAGAGAAUUCUAUAUGGAUAAAGUGCUGAUGGAGUUUGUGGAAAACAGUAGGAAAGCAAUGAAAGAAGCUGGUAAGGGAGGCGUUGCUGAUGCCAGAGAGCUCAAACCGAUGGCUUCGGGAGCAAGUUCUGCUUGAACCUAGCCGACGGUUAUGGAACCCAUUGACAUUCCAAAACAAUAUAUACACAUAACUAUGUAUUUGUGUGUGUGGGUGUGUGUAUAUAUGUAUAUGUAUGUGUGUAUAUAUAUAUGUAUAUGUAUAUAUACACACACACACAUAAUCAGCCAAAAUCAGAGAAAAGGAACAGGGAUUUAAUACCUUUUUUAUGCUUAUUUUUGUCAAACAUGUACUCCUUUCAUACGGGUGGCUUUUACAAGGCAAUUGCCGUCAUUUAAUGUUUUCAAUUGUAAACUGUCUUAAUGGAAAUGUUAAAAUUCAUAUCUGAUUAACAUUUUUGAUAACUUAGAGGAGAUUUUAACUUUAGUUAUUUAAAUUAGGUAAAAUAAUUGUACUGAAUCCUGUCUAAGGUUUAUUCAGGGAUGAUUUCCCUGAUGUGUGCAUAAAAUCAAGGUCUUAUUUUACUGAUGCAUAAGUCCUAGUAGAAUGAGACUAGGCAUAUGCUUUCAGAUAAAUGAGGAAUGACUCCAAUCAGUUUUCCCCAAUUAAAGAAGCCAUGUCAUUUUACUUUUAGAAACAUACAAGUGGCCCAGUAUGGGAAUUUUCAUAAUAGUUCAUGCAUUUGUCAGCCAACAUUAAAAAGUAACCAACUCCUCAGGUAUUUGUAGUUUACCCUAAUGCUUCUAUAAGAGAGUAGGCGAAAAAGAAAAGGGUAGAUAAUCUUUCUUAUGCAAACUUUUUUCUUAUAUUCUGUCUUUCUUUCACUUUUGAUUUUAGUAGCAUCCCCCACACAUUUGUGUGCCUGGUUUGAAAGGAAGCUGGGGCACCCAGCAAGGUUAGCCUUUAAGUUUCUGUGUGUUGGUUUGCAGAUGAAGUAAUGCUGGGAGGAAUAAAGAAAGGAGAAAAACGGGAAUACAAAGCACUGAAAAUUCAGUGUGGGGGUCUCUGCUUCAGAGGAACUUCAGUGGCUUAGGGCUACGUGGCUAUUUUAUUCAAAUGCUUCUCUAAAAUCUGACAACAUACUGGCAGGUGCUCCUCUUCUUGGCUUAAUUCAUUAAGUAUCCAGAAUUCUACAAUGUUUAACUGAAGAAUUGGUUAACAUUUUGAUCUUCAAGUGUUGAACUUUCUUUUUGUUUGGGGAUGGGUUUGGGGGUUUUUUGGGGUAUUUUUGUUUUUUAUUCCUGAAGCUUACCAGAUAUGAAUGGCUAAUAUUCCAUUGUUCUGCUUAUUGUAAUGGUGAAUGCUUUAAGAAAAAAAAAAGUGUAAUUUGCUAAGAAUAAUUCAUGAUCUGUUUAUGCGAUAACUCCUUUUUGUUACAAUUUUUUUAAGAAAAGCUAUUUUUGUUAAUGUAAAGUAAAUAUUUCAGAGCAAAUUUUUUAAACUUAUUGCACUAAAUACAGGCUCUGUAAAAAAAAAAAAGCCUCAGCAUUUUAUCAUUCCACAGAAGGAGAAUCUUUUGAAAGAAAGCAUUGCCUCCUACCAGAAUUAGACAAUGAAUUAGACUGGUAUUAUGGAAAUGUAUACUAUUAAUGUCACUAGGGCUUAAUAAGCAGCUGUUCGCUAAUGUGCUUCCUUUCAAAGGGUUGGACCUUUAAAUUGCCUCAAAAGGUAAAUUGUAUUCUUUUUUAAGUAUCCGUGUUCUUUACUCAAGCUAGGCUAAAAUUUGCUAACUGCCUUGGUUUCUUUUCAAAGCUCAUGUAAUAUUUCUGAUUUUUCAGAAUAUUUGCAAUAAGAGUCUGGAUGAAAAAGAACACACACACACAUAGUUAAAAGUUCAUGUCUUGGCAAGAUCUGGGAAACCAACAUUGUGAGAGCAACAAUUAAAAAAAAUUAUUCUCUAGAAGUUAACAUCUAACAUCUAAUAUUGCCAGACAAUAUCAUUGUACUUUUUUAUAAAAAUCAUUUGAAAUGGAAUAAACACAGUUAUGUAACUAACAAUUAUCCAAAUAGUGAGAGAGCAAAUCAUGUAAGAAAAUUCAGAAUACCUUCUGUUUCAUAGCCACACAGAUUUUGGACAUUAAGAAACAUUGGGAACUAAAUUUAGGAUUGGCAAAAGUCUGAAAGAUGGGUAUCAAAACAGAAGACAUUCCAGAGCUAGCUAUUUUAGGAGGUAUCCCUCCAAAAUGACUUGAUGUAAGUCUUUAAUUUGGGAAAUAGGUUCUACUCACUUGGACAUCCCAGCAUCACCAACUCUUGAUGCUCCCUGUUCCAUAUGCUUGUAAUUUCAGCUAUUUGGAAGCCACCAGGAAUGCUUUCUAAUUAUUAUUUGCAACUAGAACUGUAAUCAGAAAGAAAUUUUGUAUUUUUGUAUAACUUGAUUAUGUGCCAUUUUAUAUAACAGGUCCUGUUUUACAAAUAAAUUUUGUUUUACUAACAUUGUGUUUAGAAAUUAUGAUCUAUGUGUAACCAUGUCAUUUGAGUUCCAAAUUAAUUGCCAGGCUGCUUUCCCUAAGUAAAUUUGUGUGCCAUAUAGGUAGAUAUAUGCAAAUAUGCAUAUAUGUUACAUAAGCACACACAGAGAGAUAUUUGAUAUAUAGAAUAUCACUCUCAUAUAAGCUUCAUUCCUUGAUUCAUUUUAUAAAGCCUCACCAGGGCUUUUUAGCAAUAUUUAAGUGUUUUGAGGUUAUGUUUGGAUAUUCCUGCCACCUCUUUCAUUCAUUGCAAGUCAUUUUUCAGCUAGCUAUGGGCUGCCUUACUGCUGUUGCUCGCUGCCUCCAUCUGCUGCCCAAGUGAGAAGAAUAGAUGGCAAACAAAAAUUAUCUGUGAAAUGUGGUUACCUGAAUAAUUUUAUAAACCGUUGACUCUG